CCGAAAACUAAGGAGAGAGACAGAGAGGAGAGGAGAAGGCGAAAAGUAGCAGUAGAAAGAGAAAAGGGCGACUUCUUCGUGCUCUCUCAAGUGGAGGAGAGAAAGAGCUUCCCCGGAGGGAAAAAAAUAUAAUAUAUAUCCUCCUCCAUUUUCAUCAGAUCAUUCAACAAUGGGUGCUGGAGGCAGAAUGAAUGUUUCCACUGAGGCCAAGAGGUCGAAAUCCGAUGUCCUCAAAAGAGUUCCCUAUUCAAAGCCUCCAUUUACCGUGGGAGAUGUUAAGAAAGCCAUCCCUCCCCAUUGUUUCAAGCGGUCUGUUAUUCGCUCUUUCUCUUAUGUAUUCUAUGAUCUCGCAAUUGCCUCUCUUUUCUACUACGUUGCAACGACAUAUAUUCCCCUCCUCCCUCAGCCUCUCUCCUUUUUAGCCUGGCCGCUAUAUUGGAUAUGCCAAGGCUGUGUGCUAACUGGUGUUUGGGUCAUAGCCCACGAAUGCGGCCACCACGCCUUCAGUGACUAUCAAUGGCUUGAUGACACUGUUGGCCUAAUCCUCCAUUCUGCUCUCCUUGUCCCAUAUUUCUCUUGGAAAUACAGUCAUCGCCGCCACCAUUCAAACACUGGUUCCCUAGAGCGUGAUGAAGUAUUUGUACCUAAAGCUAAGUCCAACCUUAGAUGGUCUGCCAAGUUUCUCAACAAUCCAUUAGGCAGAGUUUUGAUCCUUGCUGUUCAGCUUACUCUGGGCUGGCCUUUGUACUUGAUGUUCAAUGUCUCCGGAAGACCUUAUGAUCGGUUUGCUUGCCAUUAUGACCCCUAUGGCCCUAUCUACAAUGACCGCGAGCGCCUUCAAAUUUACCUCUCUGACGUUGGUGUACUAUCUGUCUUUUAUGGGCUGUACCGUCUUGUGGCAGCAAAAGGGCUUGCCUGGGUUGUCUGUGUUUAUGGAUGUCCAUUGCUCAUCGUGAAUGGGUUUCUGGUAUUGAUCACAUAUUUGCAGCACACCCACCCUUCGUUGCCUCAUUACGAUUCCUCAGAGUGGGAUUGGCUGAGGGGAGCUUUGGCCACAGUUGACAGAGAUUAUGGAAUUCUGAACAAGGUAUUCCAUAACAUCACAGAUACUCAUGUAGCACACCAUUUAUUCUCAACCAUGCCUCACUAUCAUGCAAUGGAGGCUACAAAGGCAAUUAAGCCUAUCCUCGGAGAUUAUUACCAAUUUGAUGGGACGCCAAUUUUCAAAGCAAUGUGGAGAGAAGCAAAGGAGUGUAUUUAUGUUGAGCAAGAUGAUGCUGACCAGAACAAAGGUGUCUUCUGGUACAACAACAAGCUUUGAGUUUUGAUGGCAAGUUUCAAUCUUUAGUGGAAGAUUUUACUCUCUUCCCUGUUAGUGUAGGUUGUCUUUUUCCUCCUAUUUGUACCGAACCUUUUUCUUAAAUUAGUUUAAGAUUUUAGUUAAUUAAUUACUCUAUUAAUCAUGGGAAGGUGCAAUGAGUGCAGCAAGAUAAUGGACUCAGAAGCAAAUGUACUGAGCCUUUGCUUGA